CAGCUUAUUUUUACCACCACAGCAUACACCUACCGCUUCAUCAACAACACCUAGUGGAAUUUGUUGUAAAAUUUGCAAACGUAUGGUGGAAGGACAAGGGCGAUUGAUAAAAACGCAAAUCCUUGUGCGGAAGAACGUAACGCUCUGCUGGAAUUUUCUUCCACAAGUUCCUGCGCCAUCGAUACUGCGAAAACUGUCUGCCGUCGAAGCCACGCAAAAAUACAUUCGAUCGAUCCUGCCAUCGCCACCGAUUUCAUGCACUGACACCAGUGUAAUUACGCCUUUUUUGUGAUUGAGUUUCACCGAGGGGGCAGCAAAUAAAAACAAGGCAAAGGGAAUUUUUGGACGGUCUCGGUACAGCUACGGGAGGAAGUAGAACUGAAACAAAGAUCUCUUCUCCUGGUGCUCCUGGAUAACGGUCAGCAGAUUUUGUUCUCCCGAUUGGAUGUGUAUCAAGUGAAUCUGCUGGAAACUAGGAAAAAGCAGUCACUGCGUGAAGUUUCGGGGUGGAAUGAGAAAACUUUAAACGAUCGGUGUGAAAAUGCACUGAGAGAAAAACACUUCCCAUCUGACCAGUAGAAAGCUGCAAUUAACUACUAUUCAUCAUGUCGGCCGGACCGUAUAAUUAUUCGUAUAUCUUCAAGUACAUCAUUAUCGGUGAUAUGGGAGUGGGCAAAAGCUGCCUGUUGCAUCAGUUCACAGAGAAGAAAUUUAUGGCCAGCUGUCCACAUACAAUCGGCGUGGAGUUUGGUACGCGCAUCAUCGAGGUUGAUAAGCAGAAAAUUAAGCUGCAAAUAUGGGAUACGGCCGGACAGGAACGGUUCCGCGCGGUGACACGUUCGUACUAUCGCGGUGCUGCCGGCGCACUGAUGGUUUAUGAUAUCACUCGACGGUCAACCUACAACCAUCUGUCCAGCUGGCUAACGGACACGCGUAAUCUAACGAAUCCCAGUACUGUGAUAUUUCUAAUUGGCAACAAAUCGGACCUAGAAAGCACCCGCGAGGUAACGUACGAGGAGGCAAAAAAUUUUGCCGACGAGCAUGGUCUGCUGUUUGCUGAAGCUAGUGCUAUGACCGGUCAAAACGUCGAGGAAGCAUUUCUAGAAACAGCGCGAAAGAUCUACCAAAGCAUCAAGGAUGGUCGGCUCGAUCUGAACUCGUCGGAAACGGGUGUACAGCAUAAGCCGGCCCAACCCGGCCGAACGACGCUCAGUAACGAUGCGCAAACGAACAAGGAAAAUUGUUCCUGCUAGGAAUCUGUAUUGCUAUUUUCUGCCAGCCCGGUCGAUCGAAAGAUAGGCUGGUAACAGGUCCGUGGCAAUUGGUUAACCAUAACACCGAAUCGGAGGCUACAAGUUACGAUUCGUUUCCCUUUACUAGCGAAACUGUGAGCAGCGAAACGGUAUGUGGUAGGCUCUUCCGAUUAAACGGUUGAAAACCAUUGCAUCAAACGUAGUUUGAAGCACCAGUAAAGUAAAAAAAGCAACCAGUUUCAGUAAAGUCCCACAAGAUCUUGAUUGUAAACGAUCACACCGCAGGAGAAAGAUGUAAUAGUGCAUAAACUGAUCGUUUAUUAUCGUAGGCUUUUUGUUGAUAUUUCAUACCAUACCCACGUAACGCUAACAUUCGAAUUAGGAUAUCGUUUUUUUUCCUAAACAUCUUUCUUUGCUUUUUGUUAAGUUAAUUUUGUUGUUAAUAAUUUUGCGAGAAAGCGUAGAAGGGGCAGUAGUGGAAAGCAUGGACGAUGGAAAAACAUCGUUCCAAGGGUACGAACAACUAGUAGUACCUAAACUGACGGUACGGAAUCGAUUUUAAGUGAUGAUGAUAAACCAUACCCAAUUUAGUCGAUCGGUAAGAUGAUGUAUUUUAUUGUGGCAAAUAUAGUAAGAAGGGAGUUUUAUUUAUAUUUUCCCGCAAUCAUGUUUUUAGUUAUAUCGUUUCUUUUUUUUUUGCGUUACUCUGUUUACCCAAAAAGAAGCAAAGUUAAUCCAUCGUACAGAAUUGUAUGUACCGACAGCACAUCUACACAAUCUAGCUGUAGCCGUAUCAAUGUAAACACUUCAAUAUGAUUGCUAAUCACAAUGAAAGUCUUUCUACCGAGGAAAAAUUUUAGUGUCUAGACACACAGAGCGCGUAUUUACAUUGCUCGUCCAAUCGGUGUGUGGGUCCGUUAAUGUGUGUUUAAUCCUACAUACAUCACAGCGCUUGAUAAUAACUGGACAGAGAGGCAAAUCAGAGCAAGAAAACAAAAAGACAGUUCCCGGGCCGAGUAGGAAUAAGGUAAAGAAAAAUUGUAUUACUUUUAGUUUCUAUCUGUUCCCCCCAAAGAACGGUCAGAGUAGUGAAAUUGUGGAUGUAUGAAAUCUCAAUGCGGUGAGUACAAAUGCGAAGAAACCAACCAUAUGAAGUAGUUAAAUUGUGCGACGGGUGUAAGAUGUUUGAAACAAAAUUCAAUAAAUGAACUAAUGAUAUUCCAUUAAUCGUUCAGAAGUGAACCCGCUUCUGAACAAUCUUCCUUUCUAUCCAAAUUCUAACACAGAGAGAGAGAGAGUUAAACUUCACUUAUUAACGCAGAAAGAGCGAGGUAGUAGAACCACAAUUGAUGAAGGCUAAGUUUGAAGUAAUAUAAACUAAAGAAAAUUGCAAAUGAAUAAAACCAAACAAAAACAGUAACUUAA